UGCGUCGCGCCACAGCUGUCUGCGAACACUGAGCUGCCUGGCGCCGUCUUGAUACUUUCAGAAAGAAUGCAUUCCCUGUAAAAAAAAAAAAAAAAAAAAAAAAAAACUGAGAGAGGGAGAGAGAGAGAGGAAAAAGAGAGACGGAGAGAGCGCGAGACAGAGUGAGCCACGCAAUCUGACCGAGCAGUUUCUGCUCUCAGGUCACACGCCUCCUCCUUCUCCUCCUCCCUUCUGCUCCUCGCUACCCAGGUGACCCGAGGAGAGACUCAGCCUCGGAGGCACCGAGGGGGCCCCGGUGCAGAGGAGGCUCACUUGCAGAAUUCCAGCUGUCCUCGCCCCCUCUUACAAUUUGGUCUCCUUUUAUCCUACCGUCUCUAUUUUUUGGAAUUUCUUUUUUCUGUCUCUUCUCUUUGCUAAACUACCCCUCAAAGAUUUCCUUUUUUUAAAUCUCUCUGAUCACCGUUCCUUCCCGGCUUUCCCAUUCCCCACACUGAAAACAAAUCAUUAAACGCCCCCCGCCCCUCCGGCGGCGCGAGCAGCUGCAGAGCCUCGGAGCCCCCCGACCUCCCAGCCCGACCGCCCUCCCUCUCCGCGCGCGGGUUCCGGGCCCGGCGAGAGGGCGCGAGCGCAGCCGGGGCCAUGGAGGUGACGGCGGACCAGCCGCGCUGGGUGAGCCACCACCACCCCGCGGUCCUCAACGGGCAGCACCCGGACACGCACCACCCGGGCCUCGGCCACUCCUACAUGGACCCGGCGCAGUACCCGCUGCCCGAGGAGGUGGAUGUACUUUUUAACAUCGACGGUCAAGGCAACCACGUCCCGUCCUACUACGGAAACUCGGUGAGGGCCACGGUGCAGAGAUACCCUCCAACCCACCACGCAGGGAGCCAGGUGUGCCGCCCGCCUCUGCUGCACGGAUCCCUGCCCUGGCUGGACGGCGGCAAGGCCCUGGGCAGCCACCACACCGCCUCGCCAUGGAACCUCAGCCCCUUCUCCAAGACCUCCAUCCACCACGGCUCCCCGGGGCCCCUCUCCGUCUAUCCCCCGGCCUCGUCCUCGUCCCUGUCGGCGGGCCACUCCAGCCCGCACCUCUUCACCUUCCCGCCCACCCCGCCGAAGGAUGUCUCGCCGGACCCGUCGCUGUCCACGCCGGGCUCGGCCGGCUCGGCCCGGCAGGACGAGAAGGAAUGCAUCAAGUACCAGGUACCGCUGCCCGACAGCAUGAAGCUCGAGUCGUCGCACGCCCGCGGCAGCAUGCCCACCCUGGGCGGGGCCGCCUCCACGGCCCACCACCCCAUCACCACCUACUCGCCCUACGUCCCCGAAUACAGCUCCGGACUCUUCCCGCCCAGCAGCCUGCUGGGCGGCUCCCCCACCGGCUUCGGAUGCAAGUCGAGGCCCAAGGCGCGAUCCAGCACAGAAGGCAGGGAGUGUGUGAACUGCGGGGCGACCUCAACCCCACUGUGGCGACGAGAUGGCACCGGCCACUACCUGUGCAAUGCCUGCGGGCUCUACCACAAAAUGAACGGACAGAACCGACCCCUCAUUAAGCCCAAGCGAAGGCUGUCGGCAGCGAGAAGGGCAGGUACGUCCUGUGCGAACUGUCAAACCACCACUACCACCCUCUGGAGGAGAAAUGCCAACGGGGACCCUGUGUGCAACGCGUGCGGGCUGUACUACAAGCUGCACAAUAUUAACAGACCCCUGACUAUGAAGAAGGAAGGCAUCCAGACCAGAAACCGAAAAAUGUCUAGCAAAUCCAAAAAGUGCAAAAAGGUGCAUGACACGCUGGAGGACUUCCCCAAGAGCAGCUCGUUCAACCCAGCCGCCCUCUCCAGACACAUGUCCUCUCUCAGCCACAUCUCGCCUUUCAGCCACUCCAGCCAUAUGCUGACCACCCCCACGCCGAUGCACCCACCGACCAGCCUCGCCUUCGGACCUCACCAUCCUUCCAGUAUGGUCACCGCCAUGGGUUAGAGGCCCUGCUCGAUGCUUCCAGGUCUCCAGGCGAGAGUCCCUCCAGCCCCUUCUACGUGCAUUUUUGCAGGAGCAGUAUCAUGAAACCGACAACCGAUGGAUAUAUGUUUUCGAAGGCAGGAAGCAAGAUGCUGUUUGCCACUUCCGCAGAGGAGCUCACUGUGGUAUCUGUGUUCUCCAUCACCGAAUCUGGAUCCCAUUUGUGAAUAAGCCAUUCAGACUCAUAUUCCCUAUUCAACAGGGUCUCUAGUGCUGUGAAAAAAAAAAAAAUGCUGAACAUUGCAUAUAACUUAUAUUGUAAGAAAUAUUGUACAUUCGGAGAAGACUUUAUUGCAUCUGGGUAGCUGUAAGAAAGGCAUGAAGGAUGCCAAGAAUUUUAAGGAAUAUGGGGGAAAUUAAGUGUGGAAAUUGAGAAGAAACUAGUCUGAUAUCCAAAUGGACAAACUGCCACUUUGGUCUCCUUUCACUGGCCACAGGUGGUCGAUGCAUUAAAAGAAAAAAAAAAAAAAAAGGAAAAAAAAAAAGAAAAAUGUCGUAGGCAAAUCAUUUGUUCAAAGCUGUGGGCCUCUGCAUAGGAAAUUCUAUCAGUUCCGGGGGAUCCGUGUUAACACGCACACGUUAACACCUGUCCAGGCCUCCACGCUGUAUGAACAAGUCCUUGUAAUUGUUGUUUGUAUGUAUAAUUCAAAGCAAAAAUCAGAACAGAUGUAGAUUUAUUUCAUCAUAUUAUACAGACUGAAUUGUUGUACAAAUUUAUUUACUGCUAGUGUUAAGAGCUGCUUUUUUUGUUUUAAUAUUUUCCUUCUCUCUCGAUUUUUGGUUGAAUAAACUAGAUGCUAUUCAGUUGACCUAAGGUGGUUGUGCUCUGGAGGGCUUCUUUUCCAUUUUGUUUUCUGAGGAUAUUUAUUAAAUAGCUUCGAAGGGUACAGCGCAUCUGUUCUUUGAUUCUCUCCUCCCACAGCCUGUGCUAUGAGGGUAGCGGAGUAUGAGCUACCAUUGUGCAUGUCAGCGACUUAGGCUGGACGGACUGGGUCCUGCGAGCAGCCUGGCUGAUUGUUAGCUCCUGUUGUGUUCUGUGUUAGUGAUCACUGCCUUUAAUACAGUCUGUUGGAAUAAUAAUAUAAAAAUCGUAAUCAAGUGAAAAUAUUUUAAAACAACCAAAUAACAUCGUAUCAAAGUGGUGGCUAAGCUCUUAUAGAAUCUGGUAGGUCUAGCUAAUUUAAGAAAAAGGAGCUUAAAAAAAAACAAAAACAAAUCCCAAACGUGUUAAGUUAUUCACUAGGAGAUAAUGCAGACCCCAGAAGAGUCACCAUUUAUUCCUGUGGGAAAGGGAGCAUCUUUGAGCUCUCUAUUCAGCCUAGAGGAAUGUAGCCUGGGGCUGGAGUCCCUUCUGUGUCCCUAGUGAGCUGCGGUUCCCUCCCCUUGUGUUCCUCGAGUACGAAGGAGAAACAGGAAGGUUUCCUGGGUGAGGUUCACAGGCGGACUGCGGCGGGUGGAUUCCUCGUGGUUCUCUGCAAGACGUAAAGGAGCUAGGCUGGCUCUCGAGUUCAUUUCUGGUUUUCUUUUUUGCUGCUGAAUUGAAUAACACCACAGUGGAGGGUUUUAUUGGAAUGUUUGCGAAACAUGAAAUAACCGUUUUGUAACUUAUGCUGUAUAGUUUCCUUUUACUCUGUUGACAGAAGGUGUAACUAUGACACACAUUUUAAAAUCUCUGUUAAUCGCCUCUCUGCUUUCCUAGCAAAUAUUUUAAACCUAAAGCUAAAUGUUGAAAUAAAGGAGUAGAGAAUUACUGAGAUGCAAA